AUGCACAAUUUACAAAGUGAUAAUCACGCUAUUGUCAUCAGUCCUGAUAAAUCACCUGUUGGAGAGCAUAUUCGUAGAUUUAAUGCACCUGUUCUUGACGAUGUUGCUGGAAUCAUGGUUGGCGACCGUACAACUACGCCAGAAAUCGGACAGGAUGGGUAUUGCAUAAAUAUUAAACAACGAGAUCCCACAACAGGUGCCGAAACAAACAAGAAUGUCAGCUCGAAGGAUUUUUAUGCGUAUCAGUUGAUGAUUAGACGCGACCAGAGCAACGUUAUUCUACGAUGUCGUGAGCUUUGUCAGCAAUUCAUGGUCGACAUGUAUGUAAAGAUAGAGAGCGAACGAUUACGAUACUUGAGAUUUAAUCAACAAAAGUUGCGUGUGGAAGAAUAUAUACACCUACGAGACACUAUCAUCACCAACGCCGACGCCGCUCAAAUCGGCAACUCUGUCAUUCUACCAUCAUCAUACAUAGGCAGUCCACCCUAUAUGCAAGAAUAUGUCCAGGAUGCUCUGACUAAUAUUACAUCUUUACUAUUGCCUGGCCAAAAUGCAAUACAUCGCCAUGACAUUACAGCACGUGUAUUCAGACAAAAAUUGAAGUCUUUGAUAAAUUUCAUAACAAAAUUACAUGUAUUCGGUCCCACACGUUGCUGGAUGUAUAGCGUUGAAUGGCAAAAGCAGGGAUUACCUCAUGCUCACAUUUUGGUUUGGUUAGUCGAUAAAAUACGUCCUGUGGAAAUCGACAGUAUAAUUUCUGCGGAAAUUCCAGAUCCGUCUACUGAUCAAAUGUUGUUUGAUAUUGUUACAACAAACAUGAUUCAUGGCCCAUGCGGCAAUCUUAAUCGUUCAUCACCUUGCAUGGCAGACGGAAAGUGUACUAAAAGUUUUCCGAAAAACUUCACUAACGAUACAAUCACAAAUGUUGAUGGAUAUCCAACUUAUCGUAGAAGACAUCCCGACAAUUGCGGACAAUCAUUUGUUAAAAAUAUUAACAGCGUAGACAUUGACAUUGAUAACCGUUGGGUGGUCCCAAAUUCGCCUCUGCUGAGUAAAACAUUCAAUGCUCAUAUUAAUGUUGAGUUCUGCAGUUCAGUGAAGAGCAUCAAAUAUAUUUGCAAGUAUGUGAAUAAAGGCAGUGAUAUGGCUGUUUUUCGGGUUGAAAAUACCAAUUUGAAUGCUCCUCCGGUUAAUAAAGAUGACGAAAAUUGGCCGGUACGUCAGCUCCAAUGA